AAGCGCCAGGAGAGCGCGUCUUGGGCCAGCCAGUGGCGGUGCUCCCUUUCUCCGGAAGAUUAGGCUGUGGCGGGCCUUUGCUUCGCCUCGUGGCUCAGCCCCGCUUCCGCCUCCGUGUCUUUUCCUGCAGGCUGGGUGUUCCUGCCGUGUGAGGGGCGCGAUGGAGCUAUUGUGGCUGGCGGAAGGGCUGGCGGCGUUGGCGGCGCUUGGUUUGGUCCUGACAGCUUUUGUUGCACACAUAACUGCGUCAAAGUUGCCAAACCUUCACAGACAUGAGGAUGAAAGGUUUUUUCUGAAUGCUGAAGAUAAGAAGGAACCUGUGCCAAACCUCCAUGAUCUUCCAACACAUGAACUUUCCAUAGUUGUGCCUUCAUAUAAUGAGGAAGAGCGGUUGCCAUCAAUGAUGGAUGAAGCUUUAAACUAUCUGGAAAAGAGACAGAAAGAAGAUCCUACAUUUACAUAUGAGAUCAUUGUGGUUGAUGAUGGCAGCAGAGAUCACACCACAAAGGUUGCACUGAAGUAUACUAAAAAAUACGGCAGUGACAAAGUGAGAGUUCUCACUCUGGUGAAGAAUCGUGGAAAAGGAGGAGCUGUCAAAAUGGGUGUUUUCAUUUCACGAGGGAAAAAAAUCCUCAUGGCAGAUGCUGAUGGUGCCACAAAGUUUGAAGAUAUUGAAAAAGUAGAAAAAGGUCUCGAAAGUCUUCAGCCUUGGCCUGACCAGAUGGCCAUCGCCUGUGGCUCUCGAGCUCACUUGGAGAAAGAUUCAAUAGCACAGAGGUCAUACUUCCGAACACUUCUCAUGUAUGGAUUCCAUUUUUUAGUAUGGUUUCUUUGUGUGAAGGAAAUCAAAGACACCCAAUGUGGUUUUAAACUAUUAACCCGUGAGGCUGCUGCUCAAACUUUUUCAGUACUCCAUAUAGAGCGUUGGGCAUUUGAUGUGGAACUACUCUAUAUUGCUCAGUGCCUUAAAAUACCAAUAGCAGAAGUUGCUGUCAACUGGACAGAAAUCGAAGGUUCCAAAUUGGUUCCCUUCUGGAGUUGGCUACAAAUGGGGAGGGACCUUCUCUUUAUACGACUGAGAUAUUUCACUAGGGCCUGGCAGCUUGGAAGAAGAAAAGAAAAUUAGGUUAUUAAUAGUGGGCCAAAUGAAUUGUUUAGAUCAUUAUGGUGCGGUUUUCCAACAACUAUGAAAAAAGGAUAACGCUGAGAUUACUCUUCAUUACUAUUAUGUAUUUCACUUGUGAACUCAUUUGAAAACAGUCAAGGAUAUUGAUGGGUUUUUUUUAAAAAAAAUACAAUUGAGUAUCAGCCUUUUAAUCUUUACAGCACCAAUUGUAAAUUGUUUUCAUUUUGCACAACACAUUCCUGUAAAACCAACAAAAUAUAAAAGAGGACUUAAUACAUGCUAAAAGCCCAUGGAUUGUUGUUUUCUCUUUGCUAAAUCAGUUUGUGUAUUGAUUUACAGACGAAUAUCUCUUAGAAAGCACAAGAUGUGACCUUCAUUGAAGUAAAUGGAAAUUCCUUUUGCCUAGGGUAGCUCAGGCAUCCUGAAGAAAUCACUGAAUUUAAAUAUUUCUCGGUGUACUUAAACUGGUCACUUAUGAUUUUAAAACAAAAACAUCAGUUUUCUAAGGCAAUAUGGCUGUCAUGGACAAUGCAGACAAACUGGACACAUUUAAGGUUAUGUUGAUUUCACUAGGAAAUAGCAGCAUACAAUUGUACUCACUCAUUGAAUUCAACAUGGAGUAAGACUAUCUACUGAAUAAGGUGUAUAUCUUUUUGAGAGAAGAUGGUAUUUCCAAUACUCUCAAAAAGAGAAGUUCAGAACACAAGGAAAUGGUUGUGUAAUAAUGUACUGGGAUCAGUUUUCUUUAUUGCAAUUAAUUGUUAAACUUUGAACAGACUUUGCAAUUCCAGGUUUAUUGUCAUAUUUUUAUAUUGUGGAAGAAUAAAAUUUAAAUGGUGUUGUGAAA